AUGGCGCGAACCAGGUCGAAGAUGCGCCAGGGCCGGGCACUAGCAGUUGAUUCCCUAUUCUGGCAUCGUGAAGCCUCGCGCGAGAGACGGGUAGCAUGCAUAGUAGUCAAUGGGACCAAGUGGGCCAAUGCAAUUGCUCCGUUGCCGGAGCAGCUGCCCGACGUCGAUGGCACGCAUGUGCAGUGGGCUGGUCCCCUGGUCAUUGAGCUGGGUACUGGUGUCUACUGCUGGCACACCCAACUCCAUAUCGAGUGUGAUGUCGCGGCCAAGCCGAUCCAGACGACCGAAACCCAAAAUGCCGUCCCGCGGCAGACGCAAAUGGGGCUACCCCUCGCGGUCGAGUCUCGCCUUUCUGCGGCUGCGAGUUGUCGCCGCCAAAAGCCGAACGAAGCUCGCAGCAAAGUAGGACGACGGUCGGUGUUUACCUCGUUCCCUCCGAGUUUCGGUGCUCAGCGCCCGGAGAUGCUUCUUAUCUUUCGGCCGAAACACGGCGCCGACACCACUUUGCCUGCCCCUCCUAAAUCCAGCAACCGGCAAUUCGUGCUAAACCCACAUCGCCAGCUGACGCUACGCAUUGCUUCUCCCGAUUCAGUAGACUGA